UUUAUCUCCACCCGUCUUUAACCUACAUUUAAAUCUCUUAACGUCACUGUUAAAAUUAUUUAAAUAAUUAUUUACACUUACUUGACCAUUUAGGAGUUACUGAACUGCAACCGACACUGAAGAAAGCACGAUGUCUAAUGAAACAAUUCGACUGUGAUUUGUUCAAGAUGCAUUAUCUUGGAUGUUAUUUAAUUCAAUUAACUAAGUACGCUUAUCGCAGUUUGAACUUGACCCCUAAUUAAGCAGAUGACCAACAUAUGAGCAAAACGAAUACCGAUAUCAAUUUUCAUUCAUAAAUUAAAAUGGACAUUUAAAUUGUAAUGCGAUUUAUUAGUAUAAGGUAUAUUGACCAAGUUUGCGCCAUUUCAGAUAAUGUCGCUAUUAUGCCAUUCCCCAAAAUGAAAAUCACGAUGAAUAUAUCAUAUUUCAAAUCUGCUAAAUUAGUCGUUGCUAGAUUUUGUUCCUCAAAUACAUUCGGCGUUUGAAAAACAGUUCAUAAAUUAGGAUUUUUAUUGCACCUUUCGCAAUUUACAAAUAAACAGAAUAUAAGAUGACCUUGACUCCUACUCUAGCAUUAGUGGGUUCAUUGGCUGUUUCGAACGCUACGUAGCAAAACAAAAUUUAUUUGCCCAACAGCAAGAUCCACAAAAACGAAUCGUGCAUAUUGAUUUGUGUUAACCAUUUAUCGGCCAUUACCCUGUUGUUUGUUAGGUAAGAUCAGUACGGCGCUAUUAUUUGUUCUGCUAUUUUAAUGCGUUAGUCAUCAUUCAAACUAGCUAGAUAAGAAUACCCGACCUAUCACAACUAUUUUUUGUUAUCUUAUUUAAACGUGCAAAGCAAUGAUUAGAACUAGGUGAGCGUCGGUAAUCACAUAGUUACAUAUGUGUUAUCUCAUGGAAUGUUACCUUGACUUACUAAGGGCUUGAAUGAAAAAUAUAAUCGAACUGCGCAGCAACGAGCUAGUUAUAUAGAUUACACAGAUACAUUUUUUUAUUUCUAAGAAAGAUAAGAGAAUAUUUUGGCUCCAGUUCUUGCAAAAAACAAAGUAAUUGAAACUAUUAUCAGUUAAUGUGUUAAAUGAGCCGUAUCAAAAUAUAUCAUUUGCUCCCGGACAGUAGAUAAUUGAAUAAACAUUCCUAAGAUAGAGCUGACAUAUGACCAUUGGUAUCACAGCAGCUAUUAGGCAUUUCUUAUCACCGGAAACUGGGGGUUUUAUCGUGAUCAAAUAUGUUUUUGGCCGCAUUUAAACAGCAUGUUCUUUGGCAAAUGGUAAUUGCCUACACGUUAUCACUUAGCACCUAGAUAGUUGUGUUCAAUAGUCGAUACUUUUGUUUGUCUGAAACCAUAUCUAGAACGCGUUCUACGAAUUCCUAUGUAGUGAUCGGAAAGUAACGAAAAUAGUUAGUAACGAUCCUCUUUUAUUGAGUGAUAGACAUUUCUUCGAGCGACGUCAUUCAACGACUGUGUAUUACAUAAUGAUGGAAGAAGUUGGAACCGCUGGGAAUAAUCUAGGAGCUACAGAAAUAGACCAUGAUGAACAGAACACUUUCCUCAGGAUCUGCCGUACGGGAAGUAUCUACGAGCUGAUGGAAGUUACACCAUUCUUCGGAGGGGACAGACAUCUACUUCACCGUUACGAUCGCCAUGGAAGACAAUGUAUCCAUACAGUAGCAUGGCACGACAGAGCAAAUGCUGUGAUGAAAAUUGAAAUACUUAUGCAAUCUGGAGUCAACAUCAACGCUAAAGAACUUGGAACCGGCAACACAUUACUACAUAUUGCUGCCAGUACUGGAAAUUACCUAUUGGCCGACUGGUUUUGCCAACAGCUUGGAGUAGAUCUCGGGGCGAGUAAUAAUCAGCAGGAAACUGCUUAUUAUAUUGCGUACAAAAUGCGAGAUCGAAAAAUGAUGAAGCUUCUACGGGCCCAUGGAGUGGCGUAUAACAAUACUUUAAGUGCGGGACUGUUGUGAUAGUUUUCAUGAUCU